CAACUCAGCUGGCAGUCUAUGAAAAGCUAUACGUUGUGUCUUUUUAGUUGCAUGGACGCUGCUCCGAUUAGUAGGCUGUAAAUUCACACCGUAUCACAAGAUGACAUCAAAACCAUUGCCACAUGGAUCGGGUCCGUUCCAGGAUCCUUUCGGACGUCAGAGAUCCUUGGCCGUCGCAGCUGGUGCUACUCCACCGACCCAUCCACUGAAGGGAAUCUUAGCUGGUGGUAUAGCUGGAGGUCUAGAAGUCUGCAUCACAUUUCCCACAGAGUAUGUAAAAACACAAAUACAGUUAGAUGAAAGGUCUGCAAAACCUAAAUACAAAGGACCAGUGGAUUGUAUUAAAUACACAUGGAGAAAUUAUGGCUACUUUGGUUUCUAUCGGGGUCUCAGUGUACUUAUAUAUGGUUCCGUUCCAAAGGCGGCUGUCAGAUUUGGUGCUAAUGAGUUUUUCAAAAACCAGUGGCGUCAGCGUAACAAUGGUAAAAUAAGCAAACUUGGUAGUAUGUUUUGUGGUCUUGGUGCUGGUAUAUCAGAAGCCAUCUUAGCUGUCACUCCCAUGGAGACCAUUAAGGUGAAAUUUAUCCAUGACCAGACAUCAACAAAUCCAAAAUUUAAGGGUUUCUUCCACGGAUGUAGAAUGAUUGUACGAAAUGAAGGUUUCGGUGGUAUAUAUCAAGGUGCAACGGCAACCAUCAUCAAACAAGGUAGCAACCAAGCAAUUCGUUUCCUAGUCAUGGACUCGAUGAGGUCAUGGUAUCGAAUUAAAUAUAGCAUUGAUGAGAAAAAGGCACUGAAUCCAUUUGUGACUGCCGCAAUGGGUGGCUUCGCUGGUGCUUGCUCUGUCUUUGGUAAUACUCCUAUUGAUGUGGUGAAAACAAGAAUGCAGGGUCUUGAUGCUCAUAAAUACAAAAGCACAUGGGACUGUAUUGUAAAGAUAGCAAAACAUGAAGGAGGCAAAGCAUUCUACAAGGGUACUGUUCCCCGUUUGACUAGAGUUUGUUUGGACGUAGCUCUCGUAUUUGUACUAUACGAUCAAGUACUUACUCUUAUCAACAAGGUGGAAGGAAUGAUAAAGAAAUAAAAACUUUAUUUAUUUCUAUCACUAAGAACAGGGACUGAGAUUACAGCUAUGUACAACAGAUAGCCUGAAUGAAUACUGUCCUACUAGGAUUAUUAUAUUCACUGAAAUAUAGAAGAAAAAAACGAUUUUAUGUGAAAUAGCAAAUUUGACAAAUUUUCUAGGUAACAUACUUGUAAGCUGUAGCUGGUGUUUUAUUGAACGCAUUUGAAAUACUUUCUUGAAAUGUUUUAACCUGUUUACGUGCCAGUUGUGUGGGUAUCCGUAUAUAUAUUUUCAUAAAUAGGAUGUACCAUUUACUAAAAGGGGGUGGAUAGGUUAAAACAGAUUUGGGGCUGUUUUUAAAUUUAGAAAGACAUUUUCAACACUUUUUUUUCGAUUGUCCUAGCAUAUAAUGCAAUAUGGUUGUACUACUAUUAGUGGAUACAGAGUAGGGAUGAUGAUAGGUGUGCACACUUCUGUAUAUGUAUGUCUUGAGUAAAUUCUUGGGCAAUUUCUUCUACACUUUGUAUCUCAUUGGGUUCAAUCCAUACAUAAAACUAUUGUAUGAUACUGGUAGGAAACCUCUACACACCCCUACAUAUGGAAAUCUGUUUUCCCAAUUUGAAGAUUUAAUAGCAUUCGUAAGGGACCACAAUAACAUUUUCACUGCUACUCAAUUUUACGUUGUUUUUUUUAGUCUGUCAAAAAAAAAUUCUGAAUGCUGUUUUCAGUAUCUUUUCUGCUACCAAUGCAUUUUAUUUUAUUUUAUGGAAUACAAUCUAAAUACAUAACAUUGUAUUGACAGCAAUUCAUAUUGACAAUAAUGUAUAUGAUAUAUAUUGUAUAGUUCUCUGGUGCUUCUUUACCAAGAGCAAACAACAAAAAAGUUUUUAGUGCAUUUUUAAAUAGCUUUCAUCUUUCGCCAGUAAAUAUGAAAUAUCAUUUUCAUCAUUUGGUACUUUUGAUUUUUAUUCUAAUUUUCAUAUUAUCUGUACAGUAUGAUUUCUGUGAUCUGUACAGUCUGAUUGAACCCAAAUGAAAAUUGUCUUUUCAUCAAUUAUUCUCUGAUUUGGUUUUUAUUUCUGUAAACUCUGCUGUUAAAUGAAAUCCGCUAAAUUAAUACCAUGUGAACAUAAAUAAUUACAUUGUUUCACUAAAAAAUUUAUGAAUUUAAUUCCCAGUAAAAAUGAAUGCUUUUACAGUAAACUAAAUGUUUGUGAGAGUUAUACCAUUUAGAAACAUGAAGCUCAUUUUUUACAAAAUUUAGUCAGAAUGAAAUUUGUAUUUUAUCUGUACACCUUAAAUUUGAUGUAUUGAUGUGUUCACAUAUUAAAUGAGACAUUCAACUCAGCACUUGUUAUGAAUCAACAUUAUGUCAAUAUUCCUGCAAGGCUUGCGUAUGUUCAUGGAUGUUUACAUAAUGUUGACUCUCUCAUCAACAUUCAGGUCAACAUGUGUUAUGAAUCAACAUUAUGUCAACAUUCAGCUCAACACGUGUUAUGAGUCAACAUUCAGUUCAACAUGCUUAACAAAACAACGUCAACAUUCAGCUCAACACAUGUUGUGAAUCAACAUUAUGUCAACAUUCAGCUCAACACGUGUUAUGAAUCAACAUUAUGUCAACAUUCAGCUCAACACAUGUUGUGAAUCAACAUUAUGUCAACAUUCAGCUCAACACGUGUUAUGAAUCAACAUUAUGUCAACUUACCUUUUAUACAACAUCAUUUUAUUAACUCAAUACAGUACUAAAUAUUAAGGUCUAAAAGAAUUUGUAUUGAAAUUUUUGUUUUCCUGGAUUUUAAAAGAACUUUCUGUGCAUGUAUGUGCUUUUCAUCAUUUGGGUGCACAGUUACCAUUGAUGUAUUCACCCCUGGUAUCUCAUGGUCCCCCUCAAUAAUACCACCUCUGUCAACAUGAAUGAACUCGUCAGUACAUUUAUAUUUGUUUUGGGAUUGUUUCAUACAACGAAGAACAUAUUAGCACUGUUCUUAGAACACGUUGCUUUUAGGUGUGAACUUGAUAAUGUAGUUCAUAUUUGUUUUCUUUAAAAUGCCAAGCAAUAAUUCAAUUCAGUGAUCAUAUUUGCAACUAAACCUGGUACUGUACUGUAGAGUUCAGUUUUUUUUAGCGAGAAUUGUUUUUGUUCAUAUGUCUUGUAUUUGUAUUCAUUAUUGUAUGCAUUUUGCCAUUGACAAUAUUCACCUCUGAAACAAAAAUCUAUUUCACAGUUUUAAACAAAUUUGGUGUGAAACAUUGGCAGAAAACGACUGAAUUCUUGGUGAAUUCUAUGUCUUGUGGUGGCGCUAUUCAUUAUUGGAAGUGCUUUUCUUUUAAACUGACCGGUGAUACUACAUACUAGUAUAGUAUGAUAAAUUAGUCCCAUGGUGUGGCUUGGAUAUUCUAUUUUAAAUGUACAUGUAGGUUCAGGGCUUAGGGAGCACAUGGAGGAUGAUUUACAAUAUGAUUUUAAAUGUUUGUGUAACUAGUGAUUUACCAUUGUCAAUAAACUUAUGAAGGAGUGAGA